CGGAGCUUGAACAUCUUGAUCUCAAAGCCCUUGAUGGAGAAGAAGAGACGAGCCAGGAUUAACGUGUCUCUGGAGCAACUGAAGGCUCUGCUAGAAAAGCACUAUUCUCACCACAUCAGGAAGCGCAAGCUGGAGAAGGCAGAUAUCCUGGAGCUGAGCGUCAAGUACAUGAAAAGCCUCCAGAAUUCGGUGCAAGGUAAAAGCUCCGUUGCCCUCCCGGGUCACGGGUGCAGUUUCUAUGAAUCCCUUGGAGCCUCCGUGGCUCGCAGGCUGGGGGGCGCAGUGCCGGCCUUGCCGCAGCGCCCGCGGGUGUCACUGGAGCCCCCAGAGGGAGGGGCGGAGAAACCCGCCGGCUUCCGGAGCUGCCUGCACGGGGUGAACCAGUUCCUGCUGCGCUCCGAGGGGGCCUGCGAAGCUUCCUCCUUCCACCUGCUGCAGGAGCUCGCCCGGGCCUCCCCGCGGGUGAGCGGCUCCGGCUGCAGGACCACGGACAGCAGCCCCAUCGCGCCGCGCCCGGAGCCUCGGGGCUCCCGGCCCGGCGGCCGCGCGGCGGAGCAGAGGGGCCCUUUGCAGAAAGCCGGCGGCUCCACCCAGCGCCCCCGGGCCCCCAGCUCCCAGCCCCGGACUGAGCCGGGCGCUGCUGCCCCGCGGCGCGGCCCCGCGGAGCUCAGACCCUCCGUGCCCAGCAGGAGCCAGGCGCUGUGGCGGCCCUGGUAG